GCAAAAUACAUAAUACGAAAUAGUAUCGAACAAAAAUCUUCACAAUAAAACAAAAAUCUUCACGAUCAAACAAAAAUUGGCUGAACAUGAUACUCGAAAGUGUUAGUAACAAGCGACAGCAAAUAAUUGUUGGUCUUAGAUGUGUUCAAAACGUCAAUUACCAAAAUUUCUACGCAAUGUGUCGGACUAAAAUUUACAAUUCAGAUUAAAUGGAAUAUUAUAGUUGAACACAAAAAGAAGAACAGGGCCGAGAAAUUGGGUAAAAUCUCCCGAAACUGUUUCAAUAUCAUUGUCAAAAGGAUAUCGGGUGGAGCUUGCAUACGGCUAUCACGUGUUAUUAACGUGUUUGCGUUAGUGCGGAACGAUUUAAUGCUCUUGAAUUCGAACGAUCGAGAAAACGAGAAUAAUAUAAUAUAUCGGAACAAGAAUGCAAAAUUGUUGCUACGACAACGACAACAACGUCGUCUAUAAGGAUGUGAUCGUUAUAGGAAAUGGACCUAGUGGAAUAUGCCUGUCUUUCAUGCUUGCUGGAAAUUGGCCUUAUUACACCGGAGAACCACAUCCCGCGGAUGAAAUGCUCACGGCCAGGUUACAUUUCAGCACAAGAUCCGAGAACGAGGGGUAUUGCGAGACAACGAGGCAAGAGUUACGAAACGAGAUAAGCCAUCGGUGGCAACAAAAUGAUGUUAGAUCGAAAGAAAAGGAAGGAAAAAGCGGCGGGAGGGGAUUGGCGGGCAGUACUCGUUGCAAACUCGAAUGCCUCUCAUCCGGUCUAGAGGGUAGAGCCGGUGGUCGACCUUUGUCCCUUCUCAUGGACAAACUUCAACAUCCCUGCGUAGACGCUGGUCUCGAUGUACCGUCCCUUCUUACCUGGAAAUCAAUUGAGCAGCAUCCAGAACAUAAAGUGAUAGAUCACGUUGUGCUCGGCAAAGGUCCGCCCGGUGGUUCAUGGCAGUCGAUAGAUCCAAACGUGUUGACCAUUAGCUUGAACCGAUGGAUGUCGUUGCCCGAUUUAGACAUAAGGCAAUGGGAGAUGUUGAUCGAGUCCGAACAACUUCGAAAAACGAAUUCGAUGGAAGGUGAAUCGCCGUGUGCAUACUACGCGUUUCAAGAGAAACCGAGUACAUUUAAAACGGCCAGCAGAAUUUCUGUUCGUACGGUGGCUGCCUAUUACAAAGACUAUGUACGCAAAAAGAGGUUGGAGCAGUACUUCCGACGCGGAACGGUAGUUACUUCCGUGAGACCAGUCUGUGAUUUGGACGCUAAUUGCCAGCAACAAGGAAACCAUUACAAAUGGACAGUGAACGGUUAUGAGAAGCAAACUGGAAAACCAUUCCGAUAUCGAUGUAAAAGGGUGGUUCUUGCCACUGGCACGACCGAUUUAUCAAAACGAUUGGGUAUACCCGGUGAAAAUUCUCAACCCGAUUGGGUAAUUCACGAUCUAAACAAGCUGGAAUCGAAAUUGGAUCAACUGAUCGAUCGGCAUCACGCAAUUGAACUAGAGGAACGGCAGAUAAUCGAUCCGGUAUUGGUAAUUGGUGCUGGUUUAAGCGCUGCGGAUGCAAUCAUGGCCGCACGUUUUCGCGGUAUUCCAGUGUUGCAUGCGUUCCGCGAUUCCUCUAACGAAUGGAAUAAAACACAUACCGAGAAGACAAACGCCAUCUACGAUAGAUUGCAAGGCCUUUCCAGCUCUAUAUAUCCCGAAUAUCAUAAGGUCUAUGAGAUGAUGGCUGACGGUGGCACUAAUUAUCCUCUAUACAGGGCACUACCAGGAUAUACGUUACAUGAACUUAGUGCAAGCAGAGAUGAUUUUAUCGAUGAUACUGCAUCCGAGAAAAAACAAAUGGUUACUCUUUCCGAUCUAGAUGGAUGCGUGCAUACGUUUCGUGUUUCUGUCGUAGCCAUACUUAUCGGAUACAAGCCUGAUCUUUCUUACUUGAAAGCCGACGGUAUUGGACUUGGAAAAUACCCCGAUAAACCAAUAGACGGAAAAUCAAAUCCGAUCGAGGUUGAUGAUUUUACUUACGAAGUAACUAAAGCUCCAACUACCGGUCUUUAUGCUUUGGGUCCUUUGGUCGGCGAUAAUUUUGUUCGUUAUAUACUUGGUGGAGCGUUUGGAAUUUUAGUUCACAUCCUGAAUACCUCGUUUCCUACGUGAACCGGCAUAAGCCUCUUCCUUUCAUUGUGCUCGAUAAUUUCAAUUAAUGGAGGUCAGUCAUCGAAAUGGUAAAGGAAUCACACUCUUUUACCCAUGUUUUAUACAUAUGUUCAUACUAUAUUAUACUUCUCAACAGUUUUCC